UCUUCUUUGCAUAAAUGAUCUUACAUGUAGACUUUGAUAUCUUUCUUUAAUUUAGAAGGAAACUUAUUAGUUUAAGAAAAUUUGGAAUUACAUCUCUUUUUAAAGUUAUAAUUACCUGAACAAUGAUUUCUUGGAUUCUCCACUGAUAUAUACGUACACUCACUUUUUUCCUGAUUCUCUUUGCUUCUUGCUGUUACUUGCUUGAUCUAAUAUCAACAGAUCGAGAGCAGCUUUCUGAAACCCUACUAAUUAAUGGGGAGAGGGAAGAUUGUGAUUCGCAGGAUUGAUAACUCAACCAGCAGGCAAGUUACUUUCUCUAAGAGAAGGAAUGGAUUGUUGAAGAAGGCUAAGGAGUUGGCUAUCUUGUGCGACGCUGAAGUCGGAGUCAUUAUCUUCUCUAGCACUGGGAAGCUCCACGAGUUCGCUAGCUCAAGCAUGAAAAUAGUUACUGAGAGGUACAACAAAGUGAAGGAGGAACAUCAUCAACUAUUGAAUCUUUCUUCACAAGCCAAGUUUUGGCAAGGAGAAGCAAUUCAACUAAGGCAACAACUUCAAUAUCUGCAACAAAGCCACAGGCAGCUGUUGGGAGAAGAACUUUUUGGUUUGAAUAUCAAUGAGCUCCAGAAUCUGGAAACCCAACUGGAAAAGAGUCUAAAAGGUGUCAGAAUAAAGAAGGAACAAGGUUUAACAAAUGAAGUAAAAGAAUUGCAACACAAGGGGAAUCUUGUUGCUCAUGAAAAUAAAGAAUUGCACAAGUCACUAAACCUCCUGCUUCAAGAACAUGCAGAACUGAAGGAGAAGGCUUAUCAAUUGCAUUCCAAUAAUAAUGAGUUACAUGCACACAUAAGUCUCCAGCUAAGCCAACCACAGCCACAGAGGAACUACUUGCCAACAGAAACCAUGAAACUAGGGUAUGAAUAUGACUUUACUUUGAUUGAUUAUACAAUGAUUAUGAUUAAUGCAUUUGAAUAAAUAUGAAAACGUAUGUCAGGUUACAGUUGAACUCCAAAACAUGUUAAAAAUAAAAACGCAGAUAUCAGUGGAAUUUCAUAUCAACUACCAAGCAAGUGCAUCAUGCUUUGAUUAGAGAUAUGAUAUGAUUGAUGCAUGAAAAGAUACUUUGAUUGGUAUGAUGCAUUGUGUUGAAUAACUCCAAGAUAUUGUAAAAUAAUUUACCAUGUAGUGGUUUUAUGGCGAUGCUGUGUUGAUUAACGGUGUAAAGUUGUAAUAAUUACAAGUAUAGAGGUGUGGUUUACAAUGUACCAAAAUGUACACAUUUCUGAAAUUGAUUA